GAUGUCUUCACCAUGCCUGUACUCCUCAUGCUUCCCUCGUGCCUCCUUGGAUUUUGUUUGUUUCAUAGACUUUGAUUUUUGUUUCCGGUGAUUUAGUUUCAAGUGCCUGUGAGGAUAUGAUGCCUCGCCACUCAGGGGUGCAGCCUCAGCCUCUUCCAGUCCCUUAUACCAUUGUCACAGACAGCAGGACGUUUGAGCCGGGACAGCCUAUUACAGUGACAGUCAGAGGACCAGACUACAGAGGAGUCCUUCUGGAGGCUCGGAUGUUCGGCAGCACUAAUGCUCUGGGAAGCUGGCAGCUGCCUCCACCAGACACAAAGUUUCUCCAGUGUGCAGGAAACCCAGCUGGUGCUGUGACUCAUUCCAACACCAACCCGAAGGGCAACACCACAGUAUACAGCUGGAUACCACCCAACUCUGCAGGCCCUAUCUACUUUGUGGCCACAGUGGCUCAGCAGAGAGCCGUCUAUUGGAUCGGUGUGAGGUCUAUGACUCUGAUGAGAGGAAAACCAGAGAGAGUCAAUCUGUCCAUCACAGAUGCCAGCACUCGAAUGGCUGAAGAAAAUCCUCUUCUUGUGCACAUUUCAUGUUUUCUGAUGUUUCAUCUGCUGGCGUUGAAAUAAAACACCAAUGCUAUCUUCUUAA